CGCUUCGAAAUCGAAACACCUUCAAGGACUUUUGAAUUAAGUGGAAUGGCAGUCUCGCUUCACUCCCGACAGCUCCUAUAACAUACAACAGAGAGGUAUCGCUCUUACCAUCAGGUUCCUACAGCAGCAGCCACCUCUUGAGGUCAACUGAAGUCUCUCCUGUACCAAAGAGUUGAAAAUGAGACUGCCAUCACUCCAAGUCCAGAACUGACCUCACUGGGGUGCUCGGGUAGAGGAAGACAUCCCAAUGAUCGGAGCCCCAGCAGUCCAAGAGCCUUCGCUAAAGCAGAGAGACCAGAAGACCACAGCCUGAACCAACCCUUUGUCUUUCAAACAGGGGUUCAACUUGAAAUAUCUUUAAAAAAUAAUAGACCGCAUUCAGUUGAGAGGGAGGAACAAGCAUCAGACUCUGGUCUGACUGGAAGACACCCAUACACAGUCAGCCUGCCCCUGCUGUCCUCAGAUAGCUGGAUCCAGACUCAGCUGCAACAUUACAGGAUAUGAUUCCCAGUAAAGUAGUCAUACAGAGAGAAGCGCAGCAUGAAUGCAGUGAAAACUACUGAGCUGUCUGUCCACAGUAAGGAGAACAGGCAAAGUCCUGGACACCUAAAGACUAAAGAGGACAAUGAGGACCCCCAAGACAAGAAGGACCUCAGCAACCACACAACCAGGAAGAAGCCCUCAACCAAUGUGAGCAAGAAGGUUCUGCAGUUCAGACUCCAGCAGAGGAGGACUGGAAAGCAGCUUGCAGACCAGGGAAUCAUGCCUCUAAAACAUGGGACACUUCCUAAGCAGGAGGACUCGUAUGCAUUCGAGGAGGACAGCAGCAGUGACAGUCUGUCUCCAGAGCAAAUCCACAGCAGCAGUCUGUCUCCAGAGCAACCCCACAGUGACGAAUCCCAGGGGUCCGCAUGCCCCUCAUUUGAAGCCAUGGGCAGCACCCCCUCCUCCUCCUCAUCACCAGCCCUCACUAGACCUAGACAGGGGUGUCAGAACAGAGACCCGUCUGAUCAGAGCCAGGAAGAUGGCUUGUCUGUGGCUAACGAUAGGCGGUCUGCAGCCCCACCGGCCGUAGUCAACUCUAAGACCCCAGACAAGAACCGCCACAAAAAGCCCAAAGACGUGAAGCCUAAGGUGAAGAAGCUGAAGUACCACCAGUACAUCCCUCCAGACCAGAAGGCCGAGAAGUCCCCUCCUCCCAUGGACUCUGCCUAUACCAGGCUCCUGCAGCAACAACAGCUCUUCCUACAGCUGCAGAUCCUCAGCCAACAGAAACAUGCACACACACAUUCGCACACACACUCGCAGUACACACACUCCCGACAUGCCCAACACACACAGCAACGCCAGCAUAGCUUCAACUACCAGCCUCUGCACCAGCCGGCCCUAGCCCAGAAACAAUCCAGUGAGCAGCUGAUGGUGUGUACCUCGAGUGUUCCUACUAACACAGUCAACAGUAGCUCCUUGUCUUCAGUGAAGACUACAUACUCCGGUCAAACCAACGUCUCAUCAGUCAAACCUGCUCCUCUCCCACCUAACCUGGAUGACCUGAAGGUGUCAGAGCUCAGACAGCAGCUGCGUAUCCGGGGCAUGCCAGUCUCAGGAACCAAGAUGGCCCUCAUCGAGAGACUCUGCCCCUUCAAGGACCACACCUCAAGCCCCUCCCAUUCAGGCUCCAAUGACAUCACCACGAUCACCUUCCCUGUCACCCCCACGGGGUCCCUGUCCUCCUACCAGUCCCCCUCUUCCUCCAGCACCCUCUCCCAGGGCGGGUAUUAUCCCUACCCCAGCACUUCCUCCACCCCACCCAUAUCCCCCGCUUCCUCAGACCUCUCCCUCAGCGGCUCACUCCCAGACAGCUUCAGCGGCAUGCCCAUGUCCUCCUCGCCACUGUUUUGCAUCCAGCCGUCCCCAGGCCAGCUCAGCGCUGAGGAAGGCCAGGGGGGAGGGGGUUUGAGCGGGGUAGGACUGCAGGGAGGGGAGGUUGAAGGAAUGGAACGGGAGAAGGAUAAGAUUUUGGUGGAAAAACAGAAAGUGAUUGAGGAGCUGACGUGGAAAUUGCACCAGGAACAGAGACAGGUGGAGGAGCUCAAGAUGCAGCUGCACAAGAGGAAGCGUUGCCAUGGCGCCACACAGGAGGGUGUCCUGGCUCCAUCCCAGCCCCACCACCUUCCCCUCCAGCACUUCUUUGGGGUGACAGUCAAGCAGGAGCCCAUGUCCCUCUCCUCCAGCUGCCCCUUCUCCUCCCCCAAGCACCUAAAGAGUCCUCCAGGAAGCUGCAUGGAGGAGAUGGGCCAUUUCGGUGCCUCCCUGCCCAGUAUGGGGGACCCUGAUGGGCCACGAUGCCUGGACCAGACCCCCUCCUCUGGAAGUCCCUCAGGCAUGUGUGCCUUCCUGAGUCCCCAGUGCUCUCCUGAAGACUCGCCCAUUACCAAGAAGUCCAACAGCCCCCAGCCUUCCUCCCCCAACAACCCCUACCUGCUGUCAAUGCCGCUGGGCAGAGACAGGUGCAGCCAGCCCCUCAACCAGGCCAGCACCAGGCCCUGCAACAUGCAGAUUCACCAGAAGAAUGAAGGCCAGGCUGUAAACUGCUCCUAUCCCUCUGACCAGAGAGGGCUUCAGUCAGCGCUCCCCAACUCAGCCGACAACAGUCUGAACCACAUGGUCAACCUUCAGUCCAAGAACCCAAAUAUGCAGCAGAUACCUAUAUUGCCCUGUCCCCAGCACGUUGGCCAAAAGUGCCCGGUCUCGUCCCCCGCCUUCUGUAGCUCAGAUUCAGCUGCAUCUGACUCUAGGCAGCCCCCUUGCUAUGAGGAUGCAGUCAAGCAGCAACUGACCAGAAGUCAGCAGAUGGAUGAGCUUCUGGAUGUGCUCAUAGAGAGUGGAGAGAUACCAGCUAACGCCAGAGAAGAGAGGGAGAGGUCCUCUGUAACCAAAGUUGUGCCUCACAUUACAGUGUCCCCUGGAACCACCGACCUUGCCGACCCAAAGUUCCACCGAAGACACUAUGAACACCUGUCCCCCUCCCAGCUCAAUUACGACCACACAGCCAAUCACAUUGCAGACAGCCACCUGGAGACCCUGCUGGGAAGCCCUCUAGGCCGAGGGGGUGAGGUCGCACUUCUCAAGAUGGUCAUAGAGGAAUCAGGGCAGGGAGAGGAGGGGGAUAUUGGACUAGAGGGCUACCCCGGCCCGAACCACCACCACCAGGACAAACUGCUCUCCAACAGGGGCCUGAUGGAAACCCCAACACCUCUAUCUCCCAUCCACUCCAAAGUGACGUCUGUGGCCGAGGUGCAGGGGAUGGUCGGCAUGACGUUUAGCGAGUCGCCGUGGGAGACGAUGGAAUGGCUGGACCUGACGCCCCCGAGCUUGGCUACGGGAUUCAGCUCUGUCCCUCCCACCGGGUCAAGCAUCUUCAACACAGAGUUCCUGGACGUUACAGACAUCAACCUGAAUACAGCCAUGGACCUUCAUCUAGAGCACUGGUGAAACACCGGAGACUAGCAACCUACAAAAAUAACAGUAUUUUAUUAAUUCAGCAGACUCUCUUUUCCAGAGUGACUUACAGGAGCAAUUAGGUGCCUUGCUCUGAGUUUUCACCGAGUCGGCUCAGGGAUUCAAACCAGCAACCUUUUGGUUACUGGCCUUACGCUCUUAACCGGUGGGCUACCUGCCAGCCCCCAACACAGCAGGAUACAUGCUAGCUACCUGGAAAACACAACAAAAGACUAUAGUGUCUAGCUACUAGCUAGCUACCUAGAAAACACAAGAGACUAUAGUGUCUACUAGCUAGCUACCUAUAAAACACAACAUUAGACUAUAGUGUCUACUAGCUAGCUAUCUAGAAAACACAACAAGAGAUGAUAGUGUCUAUUAGCUAGCUACCUAGAAAACACAACAAGAGACUAUAGUGUCUACUACCUAGCUACCUAGAAAACGCAUCAAUAGACUCGUGUCUAGCUACUAGCUAGAAACCUAGAAAACACAAGAGGAAACUAUAGUGUCUACUAGCUAGCUACCCAGAAAACACAAUAGACUGUAGUGUCUACUAGCUAGCUACGUAUAAAACACAACAAGAAACUAUGGUGUCUACUAGCUAGCUACCUAGAAAACACAACAAGAUACUAGUGUCUAGCUACUAGCUAGCUACCUAGAAAACACAACAAUAGACUAUAGUGUCUAGCUAGUAGCUAGUUACCUAGAAAGCACAACAAGAGACUAUAGUGUCUACUAGCUAGCUACCUAGAAAACACAAAAAGAGAUGAUAGUGUCUAGCUACUAGCUAGUUACCUAGAAAACACAACAAGAGACUAUAGUGUCUACUAGCUAGCUACCUAGAAAACACAUCAAUAGACUCGUGUCUAGCUACUAACUAGGUACCUAGAAAACACAACAAGAAACUAUAGUGUCUACCAGCUAGCUACCUAGAAAACACAACAAGAAACUAUAGUGUCUACUAGCUAGAUACCUAGAAAACACAAUAGACUGUAGCGUCUACUAGCUAGCUACCUAGAAAACACAACAAGAAACUAUAGUGUCUAGCUACUAGCUAGCUACCUAGAAAACACAACAAGAGACUAUAGUGUCUAGCUACUAGCUAGCUACCUAGAAAACACAACAAGAGACUAUAGUGUCUAGCUACUAGCUAGCUACCUAGAAAACACAACAAGAGACUAUAGUGUCUAGCUACUAGCUAGCUAAGCUACCUAAACAUAACAAUAGACUAUAGUAGCUAGCUACCAAGAAAACAACAAGAUACUAUAGUCUACUAGCUAGCUGCCUAGAAAACACAAGAGACUAAGGUAAACUCACCCCAUUCCAUACAAAUG